GGGGGGACUGAAGGCAUUUCCAUCUGCAGCAAGCUGGAGACCUCCGAGCAGACGGUGGUGUAGAAGAUGUUCGAGGACGUGAUAACUGUGCCUGCAUCAGCGGAUGGGAAGAUCAAGGCCAAGAAGCUCGCCAACCAGACGGUGCCGAAGGAGGGCAAGCUUUGCGAUCUUUGGUUGGCUUUCAAAGAGCACACCGAGCUGUACAUGGCUCACCACUCUAUCGCCAAGUGGCAAAGGCACUGCCACGGGCGUUGCUUGGAGACGUUUCAGGACGGUGACCUUGUCAUUGAGACCGACUUUGCCGAGAAGUAUACUCACCAAUCUUACAUCAGCGGCGCACGUGACGGAACAUGGAUCUUUGUAUCUGAGGACAUGGCACAUGACUGCGAUUUCCACCUGCACGGCUUGGUCAGGAUGGCGGACCACUACCUGCGUGGAGAUGGGAGCGAAGCAACAGCUGCCGCCCGGAAAGAAGGCAGGACGCCUCGGAUUCACAUCUUUACCGAUGGGUGCGGGAAGCAGUACAAGGGAAGGCGGAGUUUCCGCUUUUUGGCCGACAGCGUCCGGCAAAUUGGCUCCUUCAUCGACCACCACUUCGCGGCCACAUCUCACUUCAAAGGUUGCCAUGAUGGGAUCGGCGGAGUCGCAAAGAACGCCAUGAAGAGGAGGGAGAGAUUUGGCAAGCGAAUCAUGGUGGCGAACGGGGUGGUCAGCUUUUUGCGAAGCUUCUUUCGGGAGAAGGCAGGCAGCGAGGGGGAGGAGGGUAUGCGGAGGUACUUCGCGAAGUGGUCUCCGUACCGCAUGCGGAGGGUGCACGUCGAGAUUAUCGGUAAGAAGGAGGUCUAUCGGCCAAACUCGAUCCUGGAAGGCGUAGAGGGUACACGAGAGAUGUACCACUUUGCGGGAGCAAACACUCCCAAGUGGGAUGGGUCCACCUCAACCAAGGGACGCGAAGAUGACUGUAAGCUCGUGCUGAAGAGCGAGGGCCAGGGCCAGUUGUCGAGUCUAGAGACGAGCCGGUUGCGGGAAGUCAAGGUGUUGGGUGCAGUAGCGAGCAGAUAGAAGGGCCAGGGGGCUGGGUUGCAGGAUCCGAUAUCGGGGGAGGAAGACGUGACUUGCAGGAAGGUGAAACGGACCUACAGUCUCAGGACUCGUUUGGCGUCGUGCUUCUGCUCGGCGUGCCAGCGUUCUGAGUAUGAGCAGUGCUACGUUAGCAAGACGUACCCCCGUCUCGUUCCCGCAAUGGAGGAUGGUGUAGUGAAGGAAACGGUGAUCAUGGACACUGGAGUAGCGCCCGUAGACGAAGAUGCCUCCGAGGGGAUGAAGUUCCCGCGAUACAAGAAGGAAUGCAAAAAGAAGAGAAUAACUGGGACACAGUGGCAGGACGGCGACUCUGCUACUGCAUCAAAGAUUUGGGAAGAGCUUGGAAGGAAGGAAGAGCCCAGUAUUUUUGCCCGUGUCGGGAGGUGGGCUGGCAUUUAAGUGGC